CGUCUCAAUCCAAACACGCACACGCACACACACGUAGACUGCGCACGUGAUGAGCCGUGUGGCCAGUGCUGUAUCCAUGGAUAACGGAGGAUGCGCGUGCCCGCACUUCCACUUCAGCCGACAGGCGCUUUCAGCACAGCUGUGUACCCAAGCUUGAGUACACGCCAUGCUCCUUUAAAAGCUGUAGGCAGCCUGUUCUUCAUAUAGACAUGCCCGCCCCCACCCUCCCCAGCACACCCUCGGCUGAGCGCAUGCUGUGUCCCUUUAAAUACUGUAGGCAGUGCUGUAGGCUCGUGUGCGACGAGCCCCGAUCCGCCGCCGUACAGAGAGCUCGCUGCGGGUCCAUCAGUCAGCCGCGCUGAGACGGAGCGAGCGAGCGAGCCGCAGCUUUUUUUGGGCUCAGACACCGCACAUCAGCGGGCUGCACGAGCUGACACAUCUGACCACUGGGCGAUUUUUUUUUUCGUACACUCAGCACCUGCUGGGACAGAAGGGAAAAUAAAAAGGACAUUUUGUACUCCACGGAUUUUCCACAUAUUCUGUUCUUUUCCCUUUGCUUCUUCUUAUUGAUUGGGAGCCUCUCUGCAAUCCCCCGCAGCUAAAAUCUUCAAAUACAGCGGAUCGUAUCAUAAAGAAGACAGGGUCAUCUUUGUAGUUUUUUUUCCUCUUCCUUCUUUUCUGUCUCAUUUCGAAAACUGAAGAAGACGAAUGGAAGAGGAGCAACAUUUAACGUGGAAAGGAUGGGAAUGGGGAUCCGAGGAAGGAAUAACCACUCCAACUGGCGAAUCUUCUUUUCGUGAAGGAGACUUCCAGAUUGGACCUAAAUAAAGCAAGUCUAUCACUAGAAAGAAGAGAAGAAUGCCGGCUGCCAAAGAGAAGAUCUCUGCGUUGCCCUCCUUCUCCAGCAGCUUAGCACGCGACGAAAUGCACACCGGCGCGUGAGGUGGGAGGCAGCCCCUCGGCAUCUGUCUGGGGGCUCCAAGCUGGGGAGCACCUGCGCUUGUCACCACCCCCACCUCUCAGGGGCUAUUGAAGGAGCCAUAAUUGUGAAGCCUGUUAGCUGCUGAACGACUGCUGUGUUACAACGAACGCGCUGAACUCCCCUGCUACAAAACAAAAGGAUGAGAGACAACAAACUAUUCUCAGCAAAGGGUAAACAAAGCCAUUGGCACUAGAGAAGCGAUCGGGCUGUGUGCAGCUGGAAUCCAAAUGAUCGUCUUUCAAAGUACCACAGAUCACUCCAUUUUUGAGAUAUGAAUCCUCCAUCAGCAGAAUCCCCUGGGAGCGCUAGAAGGACUUAAACAGUGAGAGUUGGACACACGAGCUGACACUGGACACCAUCACCUGAUCGCUGCACCAUGCCAAGAACCAGGAAAGUGAAAGCAAGACAGUGUGCUGCAUCCCCAUAUCCAGUGGGCACGGCCCCCGUCACUUUCUUGUUUCUUGGGGGUUUGCUUUGAGACUUGAGGUUACAUCUCAGAAAGCGGCCUUAUUUAUGCUGAGUGGACACAUCCGGAGCGUAAUCCAACCUGGGCUCAGUAAGACAGGUGGAGAAUGGCUAGGCUAUUGCUGAAAUUGCAGCGCUAUUUCCGCAGGAAGCCUGUACGGUUCUUUUCUUUUAUAAUCCUCUAUCUAACAGCUGGGAGUCUGGUGUUCCUGCAUUCUGGGUUUGCUGGGGAGACUACAGAAACUGUAAAAGAGCCUCUGGCCAGUGAGACGAUUAACGGGGACCUGGAUGUCCAGAACCUGGGCCUAAUUGGAAGGGUUUUCAAGGAGGCUCAGAGGCCCUCCAAACGCUAUGGCCCCCCAUGGUUGAAAACAGGUUCUCUGGACGCACCUGAGAAAGGCAGAGAUUACGCUAGUAGCUGGAGCCGGGCACUGAAAGGGAAGGGCAGCAGGGAUCAGGAGGAAAGUCGAGCUAAAUACAUUGGCUGCUAUACUGACAACACACAGCAGAGAGCAUUGAGGGGGACUUCAUUUUUCGACUACAGGAAGAUGACUGUUUUUCGUUGCCAGGAUAACUGUGCAGAAAGGGGCUACAUGUAUGCUGGACUGGAGUUCGGAGCUGAGUGCUACUGUGGACACAAAAUCCAAACCCCCAAUGCCAGUGAGUCGGAAUGCAACAUGGAGUGCAAGGGGGAAAAGAACAACAUCUGCGGGGGUGCCAACCGCCUCUCCAUCUACCGCCUUGAGCUCAGCCAAGAAUCAGCUAGGAGAUAUGGGAGUGCAAUUUUUAAAGGAUGCUUCCACAAACCGGACAACAUGUCACUUGCACUUCCUGUUGGUGUCUUAAUGACAAAUAUGUCUGUCGACAAGUGUGUGGACUUCUGCACGGAAAAGGAAUACUCACUGGCCGUUCUUGCAGGUCAGAACUGCCACUGUGGUUUCCCAUCCGUACAUUUCACUCUCCAUGAGCGGGAGGAUGAACAGCUCUGCAUGCAUCGCUGCAGUGGAGAAGAAUUUGAGAGCUGUGGGAAUGAGGACUAUUUUGUGGUCUACCAGACUCAGGUACAAGAUAACCGCUGCAUGGACCGACGAUUCCUACCCACUCGAUCCAAGCAGCUCAUUGGACUGGCCAGCUUUCCUGGGGCGGGGAACACCUGGGCACGUCACCUCAUUGAGCUGGCCACAGGCUACUAUACAGGCAGCUACUACUUUGACGGAUCUCUGUACAACAAAGGCUUUAAAGGUGAGAGAGAACACUGGCGGAGUGGAAGAACAAUUUGCAUCAAGACCCAUGAAAGUGGCAAGAAGGAGAUUGAAACUUUUGAUGCUGCCAUCCUCAUGAUUCGUAACCCAUACAAGGCUCUGAUGGCAGAAUUCAAUCGCAAAUACGGUGGGCACAUUGGAUUUGCUUCUCAGGCGCACUGGAAAGGAAAAGAAUGGCCCGAGUUUGUCAAAAACUACGCACCAUGGUGGGCUUCUCAUACCCUGGACUGGCUCAAAUAUGGGAAAAACGUCCAUGUCAUUCACUUUGAAAGCUUAAAGCAACAGCUAUUCCAUCAUCUGAAAAAAAUGGUGACAUUCCUGGGUCUUGUCGUCUCUGAAGACCGCUUGCUGUGUGUGGAAGGACAGAAGGACGGCAACUUCAAGCGAUCUGGCUUGCGAAAGCUUGAGUAUGAUCCUUACACACCAGAAAUGAGAAAGGCAAUCAAUGGGUUUAUCAAGACAGUUGACCUAGCUUUGAGAAGAAGGAAUCUCACCGGUGUCCCAGAUGACUAUGCCCCGAGAUGAUAGAGGACAUCUGGGAACUCCUCACCUACUGAGUUCUUUUUUAAUAAAAGAAAAUUCAAGUGAUUAUGGCUGACUUCAUUUCAGCCAAAUGCUUAGUUUUUUUUUUUUCCUCCACAUUUUUUUUUGGAGAUAAAGACUGAAAAUAAAACGGAGAUUUUACUGUGCUGCUACUCAUUCGGAUCAAACUGAACAGUAUCACCAGUCAACCCCACGGAAUACAAAAGCUGAAGAAAAUGUGAAAGAAAAUUGGGAAGAAAGCAGUGAGCAAAUUGUAUGUUUCUUAUUAUUUUAUGAUAAUCUUCAGAAAAAAAAAAUACUUGUGCCGCACAUGCAUUCAUUAGAGCAAAGGAAAGACUGUCAAUUGAAACCAGUCAUAAAACAACACCGGCAGUUUAUUAGAGCUACCUAAUAGGGCUUAAUGUUGCCAUUACUCAGACUCACUGAUUUAACCACUUUCAUCCUGGCCAAUCUCCUUAAUUUCCACAAGUAAUGGUUUUUCCCCCACUGUUAUUUCCCUCAAACAACAUAAACUACUCCUAAUAGAUUUAUUUAUAAGAAACAAAGAGCAAUUAUUAUGUAUAUUUUUUUUAUGGAAGGGGAAAAUCAUUAAAAGUAUUUUGUUUAAGAAAUCCUGCACAAGGCAUUUUAAGGGGAAAAACUACUUUUGAAUUUAGGACUGCAACACGUAAUUGAUGUCAUCAGUAUUCAGUGAUAAAAACAGUUGCCAACAAAUUAUCGAUUAGUUACUUGAUUAUGUAUUAAGUAAAACAAUUCAAUGUCCAAGACCUAGUCCACACUAACACACAUUUGAAAAUACAUCUUUUUUUUUAUUCAUUUUGGCCUUGCAUCCACUCUGAAAUGGUGUUUUCAACCACAACGACGAGUCCUUUUGAAAGUGCUCUCUAAUGUGUAUACAUUUGAACACCUGAUCUUGUGAAGCAGUGCAGAUAUGAUUGUCAUAUAACUAAGCACUAUGUUUAUAAUUCCCUUUGUGAUCUCCCCUUACUUUGUUUUCAAAGUUUUGUAUUAAUGUGGACUAAGCAGAAAAGUAAUGUUAAACACAUUUUGAAAUAUGGCAGAGGCAGAGAUGUAAAUACAGUAGAGGAUCAAAGACCAAAGAAAUCAUUUCAGCUUCACAUCUGGUAAGAAACUCACUUCGGGCAAAAAGUGUAAGCUGAGCUUCUUUCGCAUGGGAGCAUAGCAGUGAUUUGGGAGAAUCUGAAAAGAAACCAUGUUAGAGUAAUUAAUGGCUAUCUCUCUCUCUCUAUCUCACACUUGGAGAUUAUCUAUCAACUCUUCCAAUGCCUCUUUCUUAUUUUUAUUCUGGCAGUUCAAACGCUUCAACAAGUCAACAAGAAUAUGUGAAGCCUUUUUCAGCAGAGUACUUCUUUUAAUGACCAUGAUGGCCAGUAUUUCAUGUCAUACUGUAAAGAAAAUGAGGUUUGAAUUGCAUGUGAUUCAGUCCUUUGCUGUCAUAUAGUGGACAAAAUCAAACAACACACUGUAGGCAACAUUUUUCCAAAUUAAUAAUGGUGUCAACCUUCUACCCUUUCAUAUUGUCUUCUGCCAACAAGAACUGAAACACUGAACACUGAAACUGUUAGACCUUAUAGCUAUUAACAAGAUUCAUUUUGUACAAACAUUUUUAAAUCACUUAAUUAAUCAGUUACUGAAAAUAUUAAUCAACGAACUAAUUGAUCAGCAAAAUACUCAUUAGUUGCACUCGUAGCUGUAAAUCAUUAAAGUGAGAGAAAUUUGGGAAAUUCCUCUAGUGGCGGUAUUAUUACUAACACUCAUGAGGCUAUUAUUAUUAUUAAGAAAUUAUAUUAGCAUCAGUUGUGUUAAUAUUGACAGUAAUAAGAAAGUGGUGGACCAGAAAGCCAGCGAGUGAGACAGCUGCUUCCAGCUGUGCAGCAAGUGUGUGUGGCAAUAAGUGCUUGUGGAUUUACUUUGCUCAGGGCAGAAUUUUCAUUUCUCAUCAGCAGUACGCAGAAAUACAGAGAAGAUCUGUUUUGUGCCCUUUGCCAUUAACUCCAGCAUAUUCCUCUCUAGUUUUGAGUACUUGUGUAUAUAAACUGUGAAGCAAUGGAAAGAACUUACAAUUGAG